AUGAAGAAAAUGAUGGUAGUGAAGAUGGAUAUCACUGAUGAGAAAUACAAACUAAAGGCCAUGAAAUCGGCUUCGGGUUUCGUAGGGGUUGAUUCCAUAUCAUGGGAUAUGAAAGAAGCACAGAAGAAACUGACAAUAAUUGGAGAUAUUGAUCCUGUAGAUAUUGGCGACAAUUAUGGAUCUUGGGUACGAGGAAUCACCAAGGCUCUCAACGCCAAAGGAAAACUUGGAUUCGUGGAUGGUACUCUCCCUCCUCCUAGUGAUGAACUCGCCUACCAGUGCUGGAAGAGGUGUGACGAUCUGGUGGGAAGUUGGCUUCUGAAAUCAUGCCAACCUGAUAUCCGGGCAAGCUGCUUAUACGCUCCUUCAUCUCAUGCAAUAUGGAAGGAUUUACAGAUGAGAUUUUAUAUCUCUAAUGCACCUAUCUUGUUUAGAUUGAAAUCUGCAAUUGUUGCCAUACGACAAGAAUCGAUGUCAGUAUCUUUAUACUACACAAAAAUCAAGACACUGUGGGAUCAAUAUGAUUCUCUUGUCGCUGUCACUGAGGUGUGUAUUUGUGGAGCUGGGAAGUCAUUGCUUGAACGUCUAGAACGUGACAGAGCCAUGGAGUUCCUUCAAGGCUUGCAUGAUAGGUUUUCUAACCUCAAAAGUCAUAUUCUGCUAAUGGAUUCAUUACCCGCUGCUCUUCGUAUCUUCAAUAUGGUGCAGCAGGAAGAAGAUCAACAACAUAUAACUGCCAGUCCACUUCCAACCAUUGAGUCUGCUGCUCUCAAUGUCAAUCUUCAAGCUCCACCAGCUGCUCGUGCAUCUACCAACCAUAACAAGCGACUUAGACCACACUGUGAUUAUUUUAACCGGCACGGUCAUGUGCGUGACAGAUGCUACCGCUUACAUGGAUUUCCAUCGCCUUCUGCACCACCUUCCAUUGCUGCAAACACUACUUCCAUUCCUCAGGAAUCUCACUCUGCUCAACAUCCUGUUGUCCCAGCGUUUUCAGCUGAACAGUACUCGCGUCUUCUUGCUUUGAUCAAUCCACCAUCUGAAGAUGUGACAAUGGAACCGCGUGUUAACUUUACUGGCAUUGUGAUGCAUGCUGGCAUUGACAGAAAUGUUGUCAAAAGAGAGCCAGACCCAAAGAGUAGUAACAGAACUGCUAUAUGGGUUUGA